GCGAGUAUCAUGGCGGCGGCAGUUCAGUCAAGUCAUACGAUGCAGAACUCUCAUCUCGACGCUCUCCUGCCCGAGUGGAUGAAAAAUGAGCUUCUUACGGGAACUUCCAUCAUGGCUGUCGAGUUUGACGGUGGUGUGGUUGUGGGAGCCGAUUCCAGGACCUCGCUAGGAACUUAUGUCUCAAAUCGUGUGACUGACAAGUUAACACGUGUCACUGACAGCAUCUACUGUUGUCGUUCUGGUUCAGCAGCUGACACCCAGGCUAUUGCAGAUAUUGUGUCUUCACACAUGGAGAUUCUACAUGGUUCCCAAACCCAUAGUUUUAACCCAAAUAAUGGGAACAAGGAUGUGCCUGAGGGUCACAACAUGCUCAUGGCUGGGAUCAUUGUUGCUGGCUGGGACAAGACCAAUGGUGGCCAGGUGUACACAAUCCCCUUGGGUGGUAUGAUUGUGCGACAGCCCGUUGCCAUUGGCGGUUCGGGCAGUACUUUCGUGUGGGGCUACGUAGAUGCAACCUACAAGCCUAACAUGAACAAAGAACAGACAGUUGAUUUUGUCAAAAACACACUGACCCUUGCCCUGACCCGUGACGGAAGCAGCGGAGGUGUUGUGCGUGUUGCAAUCAUUACCAAGGACGGGGUAGAACGCCGCGUGUUCUUGCAUAAUGAACUGCCAGAAUUCUACCAGGGAUAGUUGAUAAACAUUGUUCUGAAUUUGCUUCUUCAUUUGUCUGCCUUGCAUGAUCGUUUGAAAAAUGGUCUGCGCAUUAAUUUUAUUUUUUUCUAAAGCAUAAGCACAUUAUGGGGAAGAAGCAGUUAAUUUAGUGGAGUGAUUACAGUACCAGUGGAAUAAUAACUUUGUAACUGAACUUUUUAUUUCAGUAAAAGUGAAAAAUAGAA